AUGCUUCAAGAAACGCCCUCUGCUAUCUUUGGCGGUAUCCCACAGCCGGCCGCCAUUCCCAUUGUCGAAAAGCUCCCUGCCGAGCUUGAGGUGCCUCCGUUCGACCCCCUCAUCCACCUCGACUACCAGCCCCCAAGCAGACGCUGGACCUUCACAGAAUUGGGCCUGCCUGUGCCCAAGGGCCUGCCUGACGUUUGCUACACAGCCCCCUUCCAGAUCUUCUCCGAGGAGGGUGUGCGGAUGAUCCGCCGUGAGAUAUUUCGCAAAUCAUUCUUGGACAAAUACAUGCGCUCCUGGGAACGAUCGCCCUGUAUCAUCACCGGCUUCUCCCAAAACGAGCAGGAUGCUAUAUUUAUGAAGACUGCCAUGUCGCACCCGGCUACACAGGGUGCGAUUAACCACGCUUUCGGCGCAGACCUGGCGUUAGAGACGGGCAUCAACGACAUGGGCUACAUCAAUGUGCAGCUCGGCGCUGAGGGUCGCUCAGGGGUCUAUAAGCUGACGGAGGAGCCGUCGAAACCGCUCCCACCAGGCGAGAAACUCGCCGCCUCCGAGUACGACGCCCAGCACAUUGACUCGUGGCACAAAGACAUGUGCCCCGUAGUAAUGGUCAUGAUGCUCAGCGACACGACCACCAUGGAAGGAGGCGAGACGGCGGUACGCACAGGCAACGGCAAGUCCAUCGCUGUACGGGGUGCCAGUAUGGGCGGCGCCGUCAUGAUGGCCGGUGGAUAUCUCGAGCAUGCGGCCCUGCGGGCUACCAACACAGCCGAGCGGCUCAGUCUGGUCAACAGCUACUACUUCCGCAGCCCUGACGCCGACGAUACCGCCACAUCGCUCAAGAGCGCCCACUUCAGCGUUGAUGAUCAUGGCCUCAUCAGGAACUUGUUCCUGCAGCACAAGCUCCGCCGCAUGACAGAGCGCUGCAGUACGGCUCUGGAGCGCCUGGAGAAGGACAGACGCAAUGGCGUUGCACCGGACCAAGAGGCCAUCGAGGCCUGGGUUAAGGAUCAGAUAUUUUUGCUUAAGCACACUGCAUGGGAGGCGUUCCAACGAUGGCCCAACUACCUCCACCAGGAGACACCGUAUGACCAAGUCAACAAGUAUCUAGACUAG